UUAGCUUUCUAUCUCUUUCUUUACAUCUCUUUGAAGCAGCGUCCGAGGUCUUUUUCUCUUUUUUGUCUUUCUUUUCUUGUUAUUUUAAUCUCUGGUUCCUUGUUGCAGCAAGGAAGUGUCUCAUCUUCAAAAAGAAAAACAAACAAACAAACAAACAAACGAGGAAUCAAUCAGAAAAAAAAAAAGAAAGGGUUAAAGGACUCAAGUACAAAGAAGAGAAUUUUUCAUUUUCCUUAGAUGGGGUUUUAAAAAUUUUUCAUUUUGAGUCUGGGUUUUGUUGAUCCAUGGCUGGUAGAAAUGAAGUCAACCUCAAUGAAUCAAGGAGGGUUGUUCCAUUGAAUACAUGGGUACUGAUUUCCAAUUUUAAAGUAGCAUAUAAUCUUCAACGCCGACCCGAUGGAACGUUCGACAGGGACCUAUCGGAGUACCUUGACCGGAAAGUCCCCGCCAAUAUAAACCCCGUUGAUGGGGUUUUUUCUUUCGACCAUGUCGACGGAGCCACCGGCCUUCUCAACCGGGUUUAUCAACCAUCGUCUCGGAUCGAGUCUCGAUGGCGCAUUGUGGACCUUGAAAAACCAUUGAGCGCCACCGAGGUUGUUCCGGUCAUAGUCUUCUUCCAUGGCGGAAGCUUCACUCAUUCCUCCGCCAAUAGUGCCAUCUACGACACCUUUUGCCGCCGCCUUGUUAAUGUUUGUAAAGCCGUCGUUGUGUCGGUGGAUUACCGCCGAUCUCCCGAGCAUAGGUACCCUUGUGCUUACGACGAUGGUUGGGCAGCUCUUAAGUGGGUUAAAUCAAGAACUUGGCUUCAAAGUGGAAAAGACUCAAAAGUCCACGUUUACUUAGCCGGAGACAGUUCCGGCGGUAACAUAGCUCACAAUGUGGCCGUCAUGGCCGCCGAGGCCGGCGUUGAAGUAUUAGGCAACAUCCUCCUUCACCCAAUGUUUGGUGGGCAAAGUAGAACAGAGUCAGAGAAAAGAUUAGAUGGGAAGUACUUCGUCACAUUACAAGACCGUGAUUGGUAUUGGAGGGCUUAUUUACCUGAAGGCGAAGAUCGAGACCACCCCGCGUGUAAUCCAUUCGGCCCGAGAGGUCGAACCCUCGACGGACUCGAGUUCCCGAAGAGUCUCAUCGUCGUCGCCGGCUUGGAUUUGAUUCAAGAUUGGCAAUUGGCCUAUGUUAAAGGACUUGAAAAAUGUGGGCAACAAGUGAAGCUUCUUUACCUAGACAAGGCCACCAUUGGGUUCUAUUUCUUGCCUAAUAAUGACCAUUUCUAUUGCCUCAUGAAUGAGAUCAAAGGGUUUAUUAACUCGGACUUGAAUUAACUUGGAUUUGUCUCAGAAUUCCAUCUUUGAAUAACUGUAAAUAAUCUAUUUAACUAUAUAGCCGACAUAUAUACUUCAACAAAGCUUUCAUAAUUCACUUAUGGUGUUUUAGUUACAAGUUGUGUAGUGCUAAUUGUAACAUGUAAUGUUGAGUUCUUAAUAUGUUUCAAUGGGUCUCUAAAGCAACUUUUAUGUAACUUAUAUGUUUAUACUUCAGUUCUAAGAAGAUUUUGCUUGUGAUGUUUUUUCUUCA